AUGAGUAAGGAGCAGUCCGAAGAAAGUAGCAGCAGAGAAAUUGAUGAAGCAUCCUCUUCAUCGGAACCAUUCUUUGAUGUUGGACCAGAAAUUGGUGGGACAUUGCAGGCUUCCUCUUCAUCUGAACCUCUAGUUGAAUUUGGAUUUGAUGUUGGUGGAACAUCACAGGCUUCCGCUUCAUCUGAACCCGCUUUUGAGGCUGAAUCCCAAAGUGGUUCAGUGGAUCAAGAGCUUGUUUCCACUACUCCAGGUCCCUCAACUAUUUCAUCCUCAUCCGCAUCAGGUGAAUCAUCGGAUCCAAGUGGUUCAACCCGUGGAAAGGCUCGACCAAUUCUAGAAAAUUUAACAAUACCAGAACUUUGGGCGCAAUAUGUGAAGUGCCUAAUGAUGGCAGCACCAUCUAAUGCAGGACGAGUUGAGAUUGAACGUAGUGCUGGAUUACAUGCCGAAAAAUACUUGGAACAAAUUAUAAAACUAUCACCAGCACCAUCAACAACAACUGGGGAACCUCUAUCGGUACCAUGUUUCAAUCCUGAUGAACCAAGAGAAGUUAGUGAAGAUGAAAGAUAUAAAGUUGAGAUAUUAAAAGCAACUAAAGCAGAUAGCGAACUGAUAUGGAAUACUGCUGCACAGUCACAAGCAUUAGUUCUCAUUAGAAGAGGUAGAGGUCCAGCAGUAGGAUUGGAUGAGUUAAGAAAAUUUAAUACAGCAAUGCAAGAAGCAGCAGAUAUCUAUCGUGAAGCUAUUUCAACUAGUCAGGAAAGAUCAGUUAGUCGUGUUGGAAAUUAUUACUAUCGUGUAAGUUAUGCUGGUAAAACUGAAACUUAUCAUGCGGAUAUGAUGCGAGGUUUAAUUUUGGAUCAAUUACCGCUAUCAGUUCGCUUUUUUACGGAACAAACAAAAAGUGAAAGAUUGAAAAGUGUAUUGUAUGAAUUGAAACAAAAACGUAAACGUAAACAAUAA